CGGGACUUUGUGCAGGAGCCUCCCGUCUCUCUCCGCGGUUCACCCCCCUCGCCUCCAACAUGGAGGCCUUAGGGGGCUACCCUACCAAGUCCACCAACCCCAAAGCUCGCACUCUGACGGUCGUGGUGAGCAUGACGGUCGGCGUCGGGUGUUUGCUCCUCCUGCAGAGUCAGCUGAAGCCGAGGAAACCCGCGGACUUCUACGCGUUCACGGUGAGGGACGCGAAGGGGAGGCCGGUGUCUCUGGAGAAGUACCGAGGAAAAGCGUCUUUGGUUGUAAACGUGGCGAGCCGCAGUGAGCAGACGGAGGCGAACUACGUGUCGCUGCAGGAGCUGCACCGGCAGCUGGGGCCCUCUCAUUUCAACGUCCUUGCCUUCCCGUGCGGCCAGUUCGGGGACACGGAGACCGGCACGAGCCGGGACAUCGAGGCCUUCGCCAGGUCCACCUACGGUGUCACCUUCCCGUUCUUCAGCAAGAUCAAAAUAAUGGGCUCGGAGGCUGACCCGGCCUUCAAGUUCCUCACAGAUUCGGUGCAGAAAACCCCCAAGUGGAACUUCUGGAAGUUCCUGGUGAACCCAGAGGGGAGAGUGGUCCGCUUCUGGCGGACAGAAGAUCCCGCGGACAGCGUUCGGCAAGAGGUCACAGCCUUGGUGCGAGAAAUCAUCCUGAAGAAGCGGGUGGAGCUAUGAGAAUCCGACAACAUAUCGGACACACACCUGUUUAAGUAUGUACAACCAUGGACUGCAUAUGAGAAGUCGACAUUGUCACGGUGACGUGGACCUAUGUUAUGAACACUUGACGUUUCCUCAUGCCAUAUUGAGAUGUUUCCAUUUCUGGAAUGUAGAGGAGGGACAAAGCAGCAGCGACCUGUCAAUCACAGUUCACUCUAAAGAACAUGGUGAGGAGGUCUCCUGGCUUGUGGGUUUAGAUGGACAGCCGGAGGGCAGCAGCAGGUAAGCUGGGGCGCAGAAUUGACCAGCUAACAAGACACUGCCUACCAGCCACCCACGUGGGGAGAGCUGAAGAACAUCUUGUUAAUGCUCCUUAUUGUCCCAGAAGCCCAUACAUUUGAAAAUAUUACCAAUUGCCUAAAAUGAACCACUUAAAGAAUCAAGCUCCUGUGCAAAAUCCUGCUUGUAUUUCCUGAUGUAAAUCAAAGCAUCUGGAGGAAUGAGUAAUAAACAAAAAGGUAAAUGUAAUAACUGUUUGGGUAGCAGAGUAGAGUGAGCUGACAAAAGGAACUUCAGCUAACAUUACACUGCCUCCCAACCAGCUACAGCACAGAGGCCCAUGCACAUCAAUGGAAUGAACAACGUUUGGCUGAAUAUCCAAUUUAAAAGGGACAGUUAACCGCCAAAAUAUAAACAAGCUAUUUUAUUCUAUAUUUCUUAUCUGUCGUAGUAUGGAUCUGUGAGUUGCCACAGCAACGCCUCUCAAGACAUGUAACACAACAAUAUUGAUUACGAGCGCCAAAGUAAUAUAUUUAUAGUUUUUAAUUUGGGGUAAACUGUCUUUUUUUUAUACCUCAUUUACUAUUUCCUCUCCCAAAUGUAUUUAUCAGGUGAAUGAUAGGCAGAGAGGUGUUUGAGUUCAGUAGCAGCAGGGAGGAGUGCAGCUGAUAGCUGUCAAUCAGAUAGCACAGCCAGCAUCAGUACUGCCACACUGUCACCACCAUCAGAGGCCUGAGGAGGAGGAUGCAGCCACCACAACUAACCCUAAAAUACAGACUUUUUCCCCGUCUUUCCUUGAAAGGGUCAAAUCUUUCUGCAUUCUCCUUAAAUUGUCCUGGUUUUAUAAAACAAUCAAAGAUCCGCUCAUUAU